AUGAUGAACUGGACGAGAGUUUUCAAGUCUUUUCAAGUGGCGAUAGCUCAUGGCUUGCUUUUCUCCUUCUCUGUCAUUCUCUCUCUCAAGCUCGAUCAUGCUGUCAACUACUCUUGGUGUUUUCUCAACAUUGUGCCUAUAACUUUUGUGAGUGAUUUGUAUGAAGAUGGAAAUGCGAAUGCUCCCAGUUGUUGGUUUUUCUCCUAUCUGGUUAUUUCAUGCAGUCGUAGCAAGAGGAAGAUUCUCUUACCUGCCCCUUCUAUGCCUCAUGGCCGACAUUGGGCGCCUUUUCAUGCCAUUGUGGCGGCUCCGUUGCUUAUUGCUUUCGAACUUCUCCUCUGUGUACAUCUUGAGAAAAGAUAUGCUGUAAAUUUGAAGAUUGUGUUUCUGCCUCUGCUAGCUCUAGAGGCUGCAAUUUUGGUUGAUAACAUUAGGAUGUGUAGGGCCCUUAUGCCUGCAGAUGAUGAUGUUGAUAGUAUGAGUGAUGAAGCUGUUUGGGAGACUCUCCCACACUUUUGGAUUUCCAUCUCAAUGGUCUUCUUCAUUGCUGCGACAACAUUUACACUUCUGAAACUAUGUGGUAAUGUAGUUGGUCUUGGUUGGUGGGAUCUGUUCAUAAAUUAUGGGGUUGCAGAGUGCUUCGCAUUCCUUAUUUGUACUAAGUGGUACAAUCCUUAA